UAAGUGGGUGUUGUUGGUUUGUGGAGUGUUGUCAUGUCUGGCCGCGGAAAGCAGGGCGGUAAAGUGCGGGCUAAGGCCAAGUCUCGCUCUUCUCGUGCUGGGCUGCAGUUCCCUGUGGGCCGCGUGCACCGGUUGCUGCGCAAGGGGAACUAUGCGGAGCGAGUGGGAGCGGGCGCGCCCGUUUACAUGGCUGCGGUGCUGGAGUAUCUCACUGCUGAAAUCUUGGAGUUGGCUGGUAACGCCGCCCGGGACAACAAGAAAACUCGAAUCAUCCCCCGGCACUUGCAGCUGGCCAUCCGCAACGACGAGGAGCUGAAUAAGCUGCUGGGCAAAGUCACCAUCGCUCAAGGUGGGGUCCUGCCCAACAUCCAGGCGGUGCUGCUGCCCAAAAAAACCGAGAGUCACAAAGCUAAGGGCAAGUAAGUGGCCAGAAUUCGAAUUCAUGGAACCCAAAGGCUCUUUUAAGGGCCACCCACAAGUUCGAAAAGAGCUGCUGGUCUCUGAACACAACAUAAGUGGGAGGGAAGCAUAAGUACAAGUAAAUAUUUUAGAGAUGCAUGCAACAGACUGAGGGUAACUUACUGUGGCUGGAUUGUUACCAGGCAGCUGAGGUUUGGUGUCAAACUGAUUUAUAUUUUUCUA